CGAUUGUUUUAGUCCAGGGUAACAGCACCUGAUAUGGCAGAGCUAGAGGGGGCCAAAUACCACCCCGUAAACCAUGGUCCUCCCAUCACCAUACCAGACCCACCCGCCCGGCCCACGUGGGCAGGGGCCGUUAUCAAGGACCAGAGUUUGUGGUUCAAGUGUGGAUAUGGGCCUCUCAAGCUCAAGUUGAACCCUGUUGUCACUAUAAUGAGUGUGGUUAUUAUUGUGGCGUUUAUUCUGUGGUGCGUCCUAGAAUCUGCCCACGCAUUGGUAUCGUUCAACACGGCCAAGACCUGGAUAACAAUGACCUUUACUUGGCUAUAUGUUGGUUCCCAGGACGUGUGGGCUCUGGUUAUCAUUGCUAUCUACUUUAGCAAGUACGGCAAUAUGAAACUAGGACAGGACGACGAAGUACCCGAGUAUAACGAUGCAACAUGGUUCUGUAUGUUGUACGCAUGUGGUAUCGGAGUCGGUCUCUUCUUCUUUGGUGUAGCGGAGCCAAUAUGGCACUACGCCUACCCUAACAGAUAUAACGCCGACAAAUACAUGCCUGACAAUGAGGUGGCUCAGCAUGCCAUAAAUCUGACCCUCUUCCAUUGGGGUAUCCACGGCUGGGUGGUGUAUGCCAUGGUGGCCAUUCUUUUAGGGUUUCUGACAUUCAGAAAAGGAAUGCCCAUGACAAUGAAAUCGUGUUUUUACCCAUUGAUCGGAAAUAGAAUUUAUGGAUGGCUGGGUGAUGCCAUCGACAUCUUCUCGAUCCUGACUACUUUGUUUGGAGUAUGCACUUCUCUGGGGCUGGGAACUAUGCAGGUUAACAAAGGAUUGAACUUCCUGAACCCAGACAUUGAAGUGGGCACUAAAAACCAGGUCAUCAUAAUCUGGGCUAUCACCGCACUGGCCACCACAUCUGUACUAACGGGUAUUGGUAUGGGUAUCAGGAGGUUAUCUGAGAUCUGCUUCUCUCUUGGAAUGGUAAUCAUGAUGAUGGUGCUCUUCCUUGAUGACACGUGGUAUCUACUGAACCUGUUCUGCCAAAGUCUCGGUUACUACUUCCAAUGGAUCAUACAGCUCGGGUUCCAUUGCGAUGCCUUCGAACUGAGCACCAAAUCAUACGGUGCUCGAGAUAGAGGUAGAGAGUUUGACGACGGAGAAGGAGAUGGACCUGCGGGAUGGAUGGAUGCGUGGACUAUCUUCUACUGGGGCUGGUGGAUCUCGUGGUCUCCUUUUGUUGGGAUGUUCAUUGCUAAGAUAUCUCGGGGCAGAACUAUCCGAGAGUUCAUCAACGGUACAAUGACGGCUCCAGUAAUGUACAGUUUCUUGUGGCUCGUUAUAUUUGGAGGUGCAGGAAUCAGGACAGAGAGGCUGGCAGCUGGACAGGGACUUUGCUGUACUUCCUGGAACUCUACUGUCUUAAAUUGGGACCCAGUUACGUUUGCAGUUCAAACAACGAGCUGGUCUGUCUCUAAAACAGGGCUGAAGGUCUGUAAUGGUGUAGACGAAUCAGCAGCUUGCGGAACGUGCGAGUGGAACUUAGUGGAAGCUUUUGUCACCGCCCAAGAUGAGCCGCCAACUUUGAGGGGUGUCGUGGAUUACAUUAGUGAGAACCAGAGAUGGUUGGGGAAAUACAAAUCAGAAACAGACAGGAGUUUUGCUAGAUUGUCGUGCAUGCCUAGCGAGGAGAUGUGGUUUGCGAACAUCUCAACUUACGGUGACAUGGGGCCCUUUUUGUGCAUAACCUCCCUUGUUGCCCUCAUUCUUUACUUCGUUACAAGUUCUGAUUCAGGUAGUUUAGUUAUAGACAUCAUGUCCGCUAAUGGAGAUCAAGAUCCGCCCGCCCUGCAGAGAGUGUUCUGGGCUCUGAUAGAAGGUGGUACCGCUACCGCUCUGCUUGUAGCCGGGGGUUCUGACUCCUUGAAAGCUCUACAGACUGCGAGCGUAGCUGCAGGACUCCCUUACACCAUUAUUCUGUGUUUUGUCUGUGUUUCCACCUGGAGAGCACUUGCUAUGGAAGCUGGGGACUUGAACCCGUAUGGUCCUGACUUUGCGGUAUCUCUGGUGGACCCCUUCUCUCAAAUGAGACCCAAACUUUGGCUCGGAGUCAUUAAGAACGCGUUCUUAACGCCCUUCACGCUGUACAGAACCAUGAAGACCCACAAGAUGGGUGCCAUGAUUCCAGCCAUCGCGUCAGCAAUUUGCUGGGCCGGCUGGAUAAUAAUCAUGAUACUUGAAAUAGUCUACCUCACCAACCCCACCAUCAAGCUCAACGGGAUAUAUUCUCUUGCCUGGGUCCUUUACUUAGGGUUUGUGACCGUGGUUACAGCUGCUAGGGUUAACAUCCGUAACCACUACGGUAUCCAUGGCAAUCCUAUCGAGGAUUUCUUCGCAGUAUUGUUCAUGUACCCGAGUGUAAUGGUACAGUUGGAGCUUGUGAGUGAGGAGGGAGGGCUUGCUCCUCUUAUGCCGGAUAACAGGAACCCUCAAAUCUCAGAAUUUACAAACGGCAAGAACCACGAGGCGGCUGUUUAAAUGGCGAGAUGGCGGUAUAGAUGGUGAUAUUUAAUGUGGUCUCAGUGAAUGGCUUAGUGAAUAUCACAAUUUAUACAACAUUAUAUAAUAAGAAAUAAUUCUUAUUUCUUGGUCGAUUGCGUCUAGGUGCUGCCCGAAUUGGUUCAAUCACGAACUCCCCUUACUAUUAUUCUUUGCAAUUGAUGACAAUGUCGUCGUUUUUAAUACACUAUGGACUUUUAUCUUUUAUCUUAUUCCAAGUAAUGUGUCUACUGUCUAGGAGUAGGGUUGACGGUUGUACGAGAAUAUUUAUUGAUAUCAUUUGUUUGAGUUUUGAGAAAUUAAAUUGAGAAUUCUGUUUAACUUGAAUUCUAUAUAAUUUCGACUUAAUUCUGUAUAAUUUCGAAUCAUUAUACUUAAA